AUGAGCCCUGCAACCCGGGGAGGCAACCAAUCCCCCCUUAGCCAAGCUUUUCUUCAGCGUUACGAGAGCCACUGGCAGGAAGGUGAGCGGUCGGAAAACACCUCCCAAGCCUUGGGUAUGCAUUUCGAUUCGCGUAGUGCGAAUGGAGAGGUUGUGGUCGGGCUUAACCUCGGAGAGAGCGGUGGUCAUAUCUUCUUCUCCCGGUCUGGACCCGGAAAGGGUCAGGCAUUUCCCCUCAGUGUCGCGAACAAUUUGGAAGACCGAGGUGAGGGCAUUCUUGUCAAGCUUCCCCGAAGGUCCCUUUAUUUGUUCUACGGCUUCGCCCGCUUUCAUCUGCGGCAUGGUGUGCCCUGGCAGAACCCUGCCGCACAAGGAUCCUACCAAAGGGUCACUGUCACUUUUCGCAGUGUGCCGGAGCCGCGCUUGAAGAAGUACCUGGAAGAAAAAGAAAUCUUCCGGAUGGAUCAUUAUUUGGCGAAGACUUUGGUCCUGAACUUGUUGACCUUGCGCUUUGCCAAUCGCGAGUUGGGCCACCUAUUCCACUGUCAUCAUGUUGCAAAUGUACGAAUCACCUUCAAGGAGGCCAUUGGUGUUCAAGGCCGUGCGGGAUAUUUCGACGGCUAUGGCAUCAUCCGUGACAUUAUGCAGAAUCACCUCAUGCAGGUGUUGACCCUCGUAGCUAUGGAGGCGCCAGCCACGCUUGAAGCCGAAGAUGUCCGGGACGAGAAGGUGAAAGUUCUGAAGCAAAUUCGUCCCAUUUCGCCGCGUGAUUGUGUCAUUGGACAAUACGAAGGCUACCAAGACGAUCCAGAUAUUCAGAAGAUAAAUCUCAAGCAAGGUUAUGCAUCUAGAUGUCCAACCUUUGCAGUCGCAGUGCUGUAUCUGGAUAACGAGCGCUGGUCUGGAGUUCCCUUCAUCAUGAAAGCUGGCAAAGGUUUGGAGGUUCAUCAGACCAUCGUGCGCAUACAGUUCAAGAAAGCGCCUCCAAGCAGCCUUUUUGGUGAACAGCCUCAAAACGAACUUGUGAUAAGAAUUCAGCCGAAUGAAGCCAUCUAUUACAAG